AUGAAUUGGACAAGUCCAUCUAAAAAGAUAUAUGAUUCUGCUGAUUUAAAAAAUUUUGAAAAAUCAAUUGCAUUUGAAAAAUUACAGAAAACAUUACAACAUAUUAUCCUUCUUGUUGAAAAUCAUAAAAUCCCCAUUGGAAUAUUAAAUGUUGAUAUUGUCACUAGACCAGGUAGGAUAGGAUCAAUAGCAUUACCAUCAUUAAUAGAAUCUUCUUCUUCUUCUUCAUCUUCUUCCUCCAACAACAAAAAUACUUCAUCAAGUAGGAAUGUUGAAAUAUUAAUUGAAUUAUUCCAAUAUCUUAAUAAAAUCAUAGAUGAUACUCCACCUUUAGAAGGCCCAACAAGAUUUGGGAAUCUUGCUUGUAGAGAUUGGCAUGAUAAAAUUGAUGUUAUUCCUAUACUAAAAAAAUUAAGCUAUCCUGAUGAAUUAGUAAAAGAUAUUGAUGGGUUUUUAUUGGAAGCUAAUUAUUAUUUAAUAAAUUCAUUUGGUUCUAAAAUAAGAUUAGAUUAUGGUACUGGUCAUGAAUUAUCAUUUCUUGCCUUUAUUGGAUCAUUAAUUGAAUUUAAAUUAUUAAAUGAUAUUACGGGCACGGAAAUACUAGUAAUAUUUUCCCAUUAUUAUGAUCUUGUUCGAAGAUUAAUUUUAAUUUAUAAUUUAGAACCAGCUGGAUCUCAUGGUGUAUGGGGAUUAGAUGAUCAUUUCCAUUUGAUAUAUAUUCUUGGAGCUUCACAAUUUGUUAAUGAUAAAUUAGCUCCCGUGGUUCAAAGAGCACUUUCAAGUCAAGUGAUUAAUUCUUGUAAAUUAACUAAUCUUUAUAUUAAUGCCAUUGCGUUUAUUUUCCGAUUGAAAAGUGGACCAUUUAAUGAACAUUCACCAAUAAUUUUUGAUAUUCAUAAUAAAGUUUUUUCAUGGACAAAAGUAAGACAAGGGUUAAUAAAAAUGUAUAUGGUGGAAGUGUUUAAUAAAUUCCCCGUAUUACAACAUUUUUGGUGUGGUCAAGUUUUAUAUCCUUGGAAAGAUCAUCAAGGGAAUGAUUUACCUGUAAAUGAAAAAGAAGAGACAGAUAAAGAAUCAGAUAGAGUACCGGAACCUAUUUCUUCUCCAACAAAAGCACCAAGUUCAACAUCAAAAAUACCAUUUACUCCAGCUCCAUGGGCAAAUACUACUCGUGCAGUACCCCGCAAUACCAGAAGUUAG